AUGGAGAAAUUGCUCGAUUAUGUCUUAUCAGCUGGUCACAACACUGUCUGGCCUAUCGGGCUCGAAAAGAUACCAAUGGCUGGAGUAUUAGGUGGGGAAUGUUCAUACAGUGAGAGUGGCAUUUCAACUUACUCCAGGAAUUCCAAUGAAAAGCAGGACGAGGGUGCCCGUUGGUAUUUUGGAAGAAAAGAAAUAGAAGAAAACUCACCGUCAAGGUUGGAUAGUAUUGACUUAAAGAAGGAAACAUACCUCCGCAAGUCAUACUGUACAUUUUUGCAGGACUUGGGCAUGAGAUUAAAAGUUCCUCAAGUUACAAUAGCUACAGCAAUAAUCUUCUGCCAUCGAUUCUUCAUUCGGCAGUCACAUGCAAGGAAUGAUAGAAGGACGAUUGCUACAGUCUGCAUGUUCCUUGCUGGAAAAGUUGAAGAAACUCCAAGGCCGUUAAAAGAUGUUAUUGUUGUCUCAUAUGAGAUAAUACACAAGAAGGAUCCUGCUACUGCACAGAAAAUUAAGCAAAAGGAAGUAUAUGAGCAACAAAAAGAGCUUAUUCUAAAUGGAGAAAAGGUUGUACUUUCUACUUUGGGGUUUGAGUUCAAUGUUUAUCAUCCUUACAAACCUCUUGUAGAAGCAAUAAAGAAAUUUAAGGUCGCCCAAAAUGCUCUGGCCCAAGUUGCAUGGAAUUUUGUUAACGAUGGUCUGCGGACGUCACUCUGCCUGCAAUUUAUGCCUCACCACAUUGCGGCUGGUGCAAUUUUCCUUGCUGCCAAGUUCCUUAAAGUGAAAUUACCAUCAGAUGGAGAGAAGGUUUGGUGGCAAGAAUUUGAUGUCACACCUCGACAACUAGAAGAUGUUAGCAACCAAAUGCUUGAGCUCUAUGAGCAAAACCAAAACCGUGUUCCUGCAUCUCAAGUAAGUGAAGUCGAAAGUAGUGCAGGUGGAGGAUCAACUCAUCAUGUUGGCUCUAGGCCAGUAUCAGCACGCCCAACUCAUGAACAUUCAAAUUCUGAUAAUCACGGGGGCUUGUCAAAAGCUACACAUAACCAGAGCAAUGAUAAUGGGAGUGGUGAGGCAAGUAGUGUCAUUACCGAGCAGAAGGGGGAAAGAGAUAGAGAAAUGAAAGAUAGUAUGGAAAUUCAUCCAGCCCAUAAUUCUAGACCGGGAGCUGAGGGAUCUGGGAAGGACAAAACAGAGAGGACAGUUGCAGCAGAUCUUCGAGAUAAUAGUGCCGUUCUUGAUAAAUCUAGAAAUGUUAAUACGGAUGAUGCCGUGGUCAGCCAAUCGCCAAAAGACUUAAAACUGCUUCGAGAUAAGGUAAAGGCUAAACUAGAGGCUAAGAAGUUCCAAGGUGAAAGGACGAGGAAGAAUGAUUUGAUGGAUGAGGAUGAUUUGAUCGAAAAAGAAUUGGAAGACGUGGAACUAGCUGUUGAGGAUGACAAAGGAAAACAUAAGAACUCCAAAAUCAAUCACAUGGGUACAGAACACGGCGAGAUUCUAGAUGGGAAUCACUUGGCAGCUGGUAUCAAAGGCGAAGCUGGCCAUACCGAGGAAGGUGAAAUGGUGGAUGAUGUUUCUUCAACAAUGCCUAACCGGAAGAGAAAAAUGGGAAGCCCUUCUGAAAACCAGCUAGGAGGGGGAAAGCGGCGGCACAACAACAGUGAGAAUGCUGAAGGUCACAAGACAAGCCGAGGAGGAGGAAGUAGUGAUAGUCAUAGUCAUAGUGAGCUAAGAAGACAGUCCCAAGAAGAUAAUAACUCGGGAGAGAGGUAA